AUGUGGUCGUCACUCUGUGUUGCGAUAUUUAUUCUUCCCUUCCUAAGCGAAUGCCUUACUGAGUCCAAGGGGCCUAAAGUUACACAUAAAGUUUACUUCGAUAUAGAGUCCGGUGGCAAACCAUUGGGAAGGAUCGAAAUUGGACUUUUUGGGGGAACUGUUGAGAAAACCGUGAAGAACUUCGUUGCGCUCUUCGGUGAAAAAGUCAUGGGGUACAAGGGAAGUAAAUUUCAUCGUGUCAUAAAGGAUUUCAUGAUCCAAGGUGGUGACUUCACAAACGGUGACGGAACGGGAGGAAUGAGUAUAUACGGUGAGAAGUUCAAGGAUGAAAACUUUAAAUUAGCUCACUAUGGCGCUGGCUGGGUGUCCAUGGCCAAUGCUGGCCCUGAUACAAACGGAAGUCAGUUCUUCAUCACAACUACAAAAACCUCANUCGAUGGAAAGCACGUGGUAUUCGGGAAAGUUCUGAGUGGAAUGGUAAUUCUGUUUACUUUCUACUAG